AAGCUGCAGCAAAGCACAGAACCUUUAUCCUGCCUAUAACCUCUGACCAGACUCAUCAGCUGCCCAGGUGACUGUUUGCAAGGAUGACUCAAUUGGAGAACGCAGUGCUUCUGCUCAUUAAUGUCUUUGACAAAUAUGCCGAUACAGAUGGCAAAAAAGAGUCUUUAACCAAAGCGGAGUUGAAGAAACUGCUGGAGUGCGAGCUGCCUGGCCUCCUUCAGGGUGGGAAAGGAAAGGAUGAUUGUGACAAACUUAUAAAGGAUCUGGAUGAAAAUGGCGAUUCAGAAGUUGACUUUAAAGAAUUUAUCAUCUUUGUUGCUUCAUUCACCUGCCUGGCACAUGAGAAAUUUCAGAAAUGCGCCCAGAAAUGCGCCAAGAAAUAA